AUGCUGUCUUUGCAGUUGGAGCAGUCGACAGGACAAGCCGCCUGUGUCAAGCACCGGCUUGUUGCUCUCAGUCAUUCUUUUGAUUUGUUCUCUGCUGAUCAAAGACUUGCUCUCAGGUUGUGGCUCCUCAGUUCUCAUAUUUUUGAAAACAUUUCAUUGUUAUCUGACUCUUUCGUACAACAAGUUGGAAGUCUCCUCCCACUGCUUCCGCUUCAUGUAUUCCAACAGCUGAGCGCACAGCAGGUUUUGCAUAUUCUUCCCUCCCUGCCUGCGGAUAUAUCGCCUCCCUAUCAAAAAGUUGUUGCCUCCAGAGUGUUACAGAUGGCAAACGUGACUAUACAAGAUGUGGAAUUCAUGGGGGCUUGUGUGUGUCAGGCUACAGUAGAGGAUUUGGAACGUCAUCGUCAGGAUGCAGAUAUCUUCUUUGUGCUGAAAAGAAACCUUGUACAGUGUGUGAUCAGAGGAGAUCUAUUUCCAGGCACCACGAUUUUGGAUUUCCUGUUCAAUAACUCCAGCUGGAAGGAUUCUCUCUCGUUCAACUGGCAACUACUAUCUGAUCUGUACCCAGUUCUGCCGGCUCUUGGCCACAGUGUCUUACAAUCUCUGCUCCCACAGCAAUUGCUUCCAGCACUGCAUUAUGUGGGCUUAUCGAAACUGUCACCUGCACAGGCAAGCUCGGGAACUGGUGCAAAAACUUCUGAUGAAUGA